AUGGUGUCCCGCAAGGCCGUGGCUGCCCUGCUGCUGGUGCACGCGGCCGCCAUGCUGGCCUCACAGACAGAGGCCUUCUUUCCCAUCUUCACUUACAGCGAACUCCAGAAGAUGCAGGAAAAAGAACACAACAAAGGAGGAAAGAAAUCCCUGAAUUUACAGCAGCGGUCUGAGGAGGAGGGUCCCCUGUUCUCUGAGGAGUCCACAGAGGAAGAAGAAAACCAAGUUAUCAAGCUGACUGCUCCUGUGGAAAUUGGAAUAAGGAUGAACUCCAGGCAGCUGGAAAAGUACCGGGCCACGCUGGAAGGGCUGCUGAGCCAGGAGCUGCUGUCUACCCAGAAGGCCAAGUGA